AUAAGAAACACGAGAGAGCACAAGGCUAGGAAUGUAAUGACGAACAAGAGCUUGCAGUGCAUCGGCCUUUUCUUUGGAGGAGACUAUCUCAGUUCACUUCGCUCGCUAAUAUUUGAAAAAUGCGAAUAGCUCAUAAGAAAAGCCGCAAACAUUCGAUGAAACAGUGUCGCAUUGGUAAUAAUUCAAUGGAAAUGUCGUAUGAAGAGACUUUGGUUCUCGAAAUCAAACUUUCUGUAUCAAUCACUUUCCAACAAUGUCGAGAUCUGUCGGAGCUUGUGGUUCAAAGGAAAAACUAUUGGGCACACUAAUUUAGGUCAAAGGCUGAAGUUUGCUCUGCUGUUGCACACACUGAGCUCACUUAACAAAUUCUCUUCUCGGGCACAAAACCUCAUA